GUGGUUUUUGUCCCGCGCCUAUAGCCUACUGUCGGACAUGGCUACUAGUAGUUGGCGACUGGAGGAUCUACAUCAACUAGAAGAGCUAGGCCUGGCUGGUCAGUUAGAAUCAACGAGGCUACAAGAAAAGGGGAUUUGUAGCGAUCAGCUGGGCGUUGCCGAGUGUGCUGCUGAGGAUUUGAGUUCAGUCCUGUCUGACCUUUUGAUGGCGCCCACCGUAGCAGCUCCCGUCCAAGGCCUUUCACGGCCCAAAUUUGAUGUCAUUCUACUGGCUCCCACAGCCAACGGAGUAAAGCAAAGCAGUCCAGAAGUCACCUAUAUAAACAGAGGUCAGUGGUAUGAGAUCCAACUAAGUUCCUGUGUAGACCAGCUGUUAAACGAUACAACACAUUGCAGGUGUACUGUGAGUUUGAGCUUCUCAGAGCUUCGCAUGAGGAACAAUGAGAGGGAGCUGCUGGACAGUUGGGUACAGGAGCAUCCCUGUGAAAGACUGAUAGACAUAGAUCGCAGGGGAUGCAAGGGAGUGACUCACAUAGAAGACUCAGAGAACCUUAGCUCCUUCUCCUUUGUCUGGCAGCCAGUAGGCUCUGCUAUCAUAUCAGUCAAGAUAAAUAGUCUGAGCAGUGAAUUCGCAGCAAAAAAACAUGGAGGAGAGAAAGGCAUUCUUCUGCAAGUAUCCAUUGAUUUUUAUUGCGUUGCUACUGACGAUCACCUGCAGAGGUCAGGAUGCAAUAUCAAGGUUUUCAAGGACAAGGGUGGGGACCGCAAGCAGAAACAAGACAAUCAAAAGGUGGAGAAACUCUCUCCAAGUGAGCGUUCUAUGUACCGGCCAUCACAAGAUGUCACCAGAUUCUCAGUGGUGUCACGAGGAAACCAUUUUCCCCCACCUUUUCCCAUCCAUUCCUCUCCUAGCUCUCAGAGCCACCCUUGUGGCUCCUCCCUGACACCUAGUGCCACAUUGAAUGUACUAUCCUCAGUCAGGGAUGUCCAUCAGUGGUUGACUGCACGUCACUUCUCCUCUUACCUCAGUCUAUUUGCCAACUACAGUGGAGCCGACCUCCUUCGACUCAGUCGCCAGGAUCUCAGAGAACUUUGUGGCGCAGCAGAUGGGAUCAGGCUGUUCAAUGUUCUUCACAGUCAGUCACUCUGUACAGUAUAUGUGUGCUUGGAAAACGAAACAGUUUACCAGGCUCUUUCUCUUGAGCUACUAACAGCUGAAGAGUUUAUUGCCAAACUGACAGAGAAGGUUGGGCUGAAGCAGAAUGAGGUGUCAUCAGUAAUUCAGCUCACUAGCUCUGGCAUAUUAGUACUAGUGGAUGACACGGUGGUCAGAAGUUUCUGUAGUGAAGACAGCUUCGUUGUGAGUGCAGUGAAAGAUGAGACAGCCUCAUAUAGACUUGUGCUCCGUCGUUCAUCUCAUCUCUCACAGCUCGCAACACCUCUUAGUGCCCAAAACACGUCCUUUGAUUCAUCAACUGAACAUUCUUAAUUGUUGAUUUGUGAUACUGUUGAACGUUUUUUUGUUUUCCAUGUCAGUGUGUAGAGCAGAACUUCUCUACAUUCUGAUAUGCAUGACGACCAAGAGAGUGGUAGUACGUAUAGAAAACACAA